CAUCACAGUGUUCAAAUCACCCGUGUGGUGUGCGCAUCUCAUCUGCGCUGCUGCACAUACUCGUAUGCUACUCAUUCUACUCAACAUAUAGUUAUUUCAAAGUCGUGUAAAGUUAGAAAUUUAACAUCAACCUUUCAAAUAAUUAAGUCUUUUAUUUUUAGUCAUUUGACCGUCGCGGUCAAAUCAAUUUUUUUGCCGGAUCGAUGUAUAUAGACGCGUUUAAACGGAUGAUAUUUGAACGUCUCAGUUGUUUGAAGAGAAUGUGUGUAUGUCAGCGACAAUGCAGUUCAUUUGCCAUGUCUAAGGUUGCAGUGAAGAAACUGCAUUGGCGCUCUAAAGUGCAGGAGACUUUCAUCCCACUGGUGGGCAGCUCUGGAGAGCUGGGCGUGGCCAUCGGAGGCGGGGCUGAUUAUGGAGAGUUUCCAUUUGUCACCGCUGCACCAGGGGGAGGAAUCACUGUCGGUGAUAUCAUCCUAGAAAUCGGGGGGACGCCUGUUUUGGGCCUGACCUUAGGAGAUGUACGCGGGGUCCUAAACUCCUGCCCGCAUCCAAUCCGUAUCAAGACAGUUUCUCCAGGUUCGACUCUAUGCAAGGAUCUAAGGUUAUACCUGAGCAAAUGUUUCACACUUGGUUCGAUGGACAGUCAACUCCAGCAGGUGAUCAGAGAAAACCUCUACCUGAGAGCCGUGCCAUGUACAACUAGACAGCGGCGGGACGGGGAGAUCAAAGGAGUCGACUAUAACUUUGUCUCAGUUGAAGAGUUCUUCUCGCUUGAGGAGUCUGGGGCGCUACUAGAGAGUGGCAAGUUCAAAGGGAACUACUAUGGAACACCUCGUCCGGUCCACAUCAGUCCUGACAGUCCACCCAUUACAUACACGGAGCACAGGAAUCUGCUGAGGAAAUUUCGAACCCGUAGCAAAUCUCUAAGUAACCUGGAGAAAACUGGAGAGGAGGGCGACAACAGUGAAGAGGACUCAGGACUGUCAGGGGGUUCGGCAGCUGCGAGCAGUGUCCCCGCCCACACCUCAUCCCCCAGCCAAUCACGACACUCCAGUGGAGGAGAUGGCAGUGCCUUGGAGAAUGGGGUUGGUCACCGUAGAGGUGCACGGGUGACCGGAUCUGAAAACUGGGAGAUGAUAUACAGCGACUCAGGGAAUCCCUACUACAAAGAUCAGCAUCUGAAGCUGUCAUCAUGGUGUAACCGCCGAACCCACAGUGCAGAAAAUAUCUCAAUGACUGAAAUGCUAGAGUUUACAGAUCAGCCAAGUGAACUGAAGGGCUUCACUAUUCACACCCGUCUGGUGAAGGGCUCGCGGGGCUUCGGCUUCAACAUUGUGGGUGGCAGCAGACCGCGGGAGUUCCUGCAGAUCUACAGCAUCACCCCUGGAGGACCUUCAUCCCUUCACACCGCGGACAUUCUGGUAUACAUUAAUGACACCUGUGUGCUGGGCUGGUCUCACCGGGAGGUAGUGGAGAUGUUGAAAGUCAUUCCAGUGGGUCACACUGUAGACGUGGUGGUCCGACGGGGCUACCCAAUGCUCUUUAACUCUGACGGAUCUCCAAAGAUGGCCCAUUGCAGGCUGACAGAUUCUCCGAGCCGUAAUUCACCUUCGUAUCUACCUCCACCAACCACCACCCAACCCAGGGCUCAAGCUCCCUUACCAUACGCCCAGCCACAUCUCAACCAGAACGGCCCUGUGUGUUCUGACUAUGAGAGGGGAUCCUCGAGAAAUUUCAGAGUACGGCAGUCACGGUUGAGUCUGGAUGCUAACGGUAAUUCAUCACCUUUUAGUUCACCCCCAAGAGCUCCCUCAUCAUAUGGGUACUCCAAUGGUUACGAGAGUGGGUACGAAAGACCACCUCGCUCCUCAAGGAUCAGAAGGUUACAGAAUGCAGAUCUGGCCAGCCAAAGUGACAGCGAGGUUGUGUCUGCGAUUGGAUCACAAAGGGCUUCUUUUAUCCGCAACCACAAUAACAACUCUCUGUCCACCCCACCACCUCCCCGCCUAUGCUCGAACUUCAAAUCUUCUGAAAGUGACCUUUCCUCGUGCACUCCACCGCCCAUAUCUCGAUUGCCCCACGCAGAAAUAAGUCCCGGCCCCAUGUCCUUUUCCCCCGGAGGAGGAAGACGCUACUCCCAUCUCCGACAACCCCAGCACGCGUUGCUGACCCCGCCCCACAGCGCCCAUUCAGACGGGCCUUACUUCACUUUUAACGGCACUGCGAGUGCCAGCAGCAGCCCGAACAGCAGCAUCCCAUCACCGGGAGCGAUCAGCGGCAUUAUCGGAAGUGGGUUUCCAGGUAACGGGGAGUUAGUACCUGUCGCCUUGGCUAAAUGUGAAAGGGGGAGCAAUAUGGGGUUCAGUGUCACAGCGGGGGGUUACGGAGGGAGACAGACGAUUGUGAAGAAGGUCUGGGAUCACAGACAGUGUAACGGACUUCAGUCGGGAGACGCCAUCGUCAAGAUCAAUGGAGCGGAUGUACAGAGUCUCAGUUUUGCACAGGUCCAAAGGAUUCUGCAGGAACACACCAAAAAAGGAGAGGUUAUUCUGCUGGUUUACAGAGGAGGUCCUUCACAUUAUUCCAUUUCCCCUAAUUCUGUACGUCGACUAACUCCGCCCCCUCCACGCUCCGCCUCUGAUUCUGAAGUCCCUUAUACCGAUUCCAACCCGUUAGCGUCCAACUCCCUUACCCCGCCCUCGCCAGCACUGGUGCGCUCGUCAUUGGUCCAGAGCACCAGCUUUCUGGAUUCUGUACCUGUCACUCUCACGCUUGAGCCGCGGGAUUGGAUGAGUUCAGAGGAAGGCGGGACAAUGCUCAGUCCCCGAGUAAAAGCAGAGGAUAAGGAGCCGGCCACUAAGCUACGAGGGUAUGAGGUGGAGCUAAAGAGGAAGUCAGGUGAAGGAUUUGGAUUUGUUAUCGCCUCUCAAGACCUGGAGAACGGUAAAGCAGCGUCUCUCCUCCCUCACAGGUUUGUGACGGUGCGCAGAGGAAGUCCUGCGGCCCGCAGCGGGCAGAUCAGACCUGGAGAUCGACUGGAAGCUGUUGAUGGAAGAUCAGUGGUUAAUUUACCUCACAGAGAGCUGGCACAGAUACUGCGGAGAGCUGGAAAUACACUGCGCUUAACCAUUGUACCACGCUCUAGUGCUCAUUCUUCAGAUCAAGCAGACUAUGACCCUGAUUAUAAGAACAGGAAAUCGAACAGGUCAAAACCGAAGGAUGCCUCGCACUACUACAGUGUGGAGCUGGAGAGAGGACCAACAGGUUUUGGCUUCAGUCUCAGAGGAGGGAGUGAAUAUAACAUGGGUCUCUAUGUGCUGGGUCUGAUGGAGGGUGGACCAGCCUCACGCAGCCACAAAAUACAGGUGAGUGAUCAGCUGGUGGAGAUCAAUGGUAACAGUACAGCGGGUAUGAGUCACGCUCAGGCUGUAGAGCAGAUCAGAUCUGGAGGAAGCAAAAUACAUCUCGUCUUUAAAAGAGGCAAUGGAUAUGUCCCUGACUAUGACCGUGAUCACGUCGCAGCCGUCUCCUCCUCACCCCAAGCCCUGCAGUCGGAUUUGGCUGCAGUGACCCGUCGCCGCGCCCAACAGGAUGUCUCAUCCAGCUUUCAAAAACCAGGGAAGACCAAGAAGGGGCGGAGACAACAGAAGGGGUGGGGAAGCGAUGGAGGAGACCGGGAGAGCCCUGAUAGUGAUGAGAGCAGCAGUCAAAGAAGGGGCCGAAAGUUUAAAGACGAAAAGAGGAGGCAAAGGUCACAAAGCUUGCCCAGAGACGCACUAAAAGGACAGAGUGGGGAAAAAAUGGAGGCACGGAUUAAAACAGAAGAGAAAUCGAAGAAGAAAAGUAAAAAGAAAGAAGAGAAAAAGCCAAGCAAGAGUGAAGAGACAAUGAAAUGGCUAAGCAGCGAGAGCGAGGGAGAUGUGGAAAAGGAGAAAAGUCAGAUCACACAAAACAUCCAUAAGCAAAGACUUCCUGAACCUAAACUGCAGUGGGAGGAAGAGGAGGAGUGGGAGUGGGAGAGAGAGAUAGAGCGAGAAUGGCAGAGAGAGAGAAAGCGGCUGAGGGAGGAGAGGAGGUCGCUCAUUUCAGAGAGCGACAGAGGGAAAGAUUGGGAAAGAGCAAAUGAGAGCAAAUCAAACAAAGAAGCGCAUGAGUGGGAGUUGAAUGGUAAAACCGAAGGAGGGGUUCAGUGGGAUCAAAAACGCGGGAAUGUAGCAGAAACGAGUCAUAAAUCUCGACCUUUUUCAGGCGUCCUUGUCCUGCCUCCAGUAACUCAGCCCCGCCCGCUUCGGCAUAGCAGGUCCUUAUCUGGCAUUUCUUCUGAGAGGCCUGUAGGGGACGCUGAGUUCAAUCAGACCCCAUUCGCUUUCCUCACACCUGCGACGUCUGACUAUGCAGAAUCUGAGUCGGGAGCCAGUGUGUCUGAUAGUAGCAUUUCUGCAGCCAGUAUCUCUGGUCUCACUGUGUAUUUGAACGAAACACUUAGAUCAAAAUCCAUGCAAAGGGCCCCAGGGCCCCCACUUCCAGGCCCCUGGUUACAACCUGGCUCACAUAGGCUAGGAAGAAAAGACAAGAGGAUACCAUUGGUAGGAAGAGGUAGAGGAACAGAAAAAUAGUUUAUGAAUAACUGAUGUUUACUUAAAUAAGCAUUACUAAUAGUGUUGAUCAUAUUUAAGGUUAGGGAUUUAAACUUUUAUCUGGACGGAACAAUAAUAAGUUAUAAAGCAAGUCCUUAAAAACAGCAUAAUACCCUACCCCGAUUUGCAGCGGCAAGUUUAAAAUAAUGAUUUAUUUUGUCUUUGCACAUUGGGUCCGAAAUACUUUUUCGCACGUAAAAAAAAAUUAUGACUUAAAAAAAGUCAAUUUUCAGCAUUUUUCACAUCCAUAGCAAGCAUUUUGAGAGGUGUUUUGACAUCAGAACCACCAUACAAGUGAACGCCAAAAUCAAGAAUAACAAAUAAGAAAAAACGCAUACGAAAAAUUGCGGACUACAAUGUAAACAAAUCUUUAAGCUGUUGGGUACGAUUUCACUGAAAAUGUAAAUUUAAAACCAUUUAAUGCCAUUCAACUCUAAUAUACGUAAAGAUUAGUACAUCAAGUAAUCUACAAUUUUAUUCCUUAAACUGAGGUGGCGAUAGUACCUAGCCCCUAAGGUGACAUUGAAGUAAAAAAAAUCGAAAGUUUAGUUUCAUUUGCUCACAUGAAACUUUCGCGUGCUCACGUGAAACUUUUGCGUGCUCACGUGAAACUUUUGCGUGCUCACGUGAAACUUUUGCGUGCUCACGUGAAACUUUUGCGUGCUCUCGUGAAACUUUUGCGUGCUCACGUGAAACUUUUGCGUGCUCACGUGAAACUUUUGCGUGCUCACGUGAAACUUUCGCGUGCUCACGUGAAACUUUCGCGGGCUCCGUGAAACUUUCGCGUGCUCACGUGAAACUUUUGCGUGCUCCGUGAAACUUUCGCGUGCUCACGUGAAACUUUUGCGUGCUCACGCGAAACUUUCAUGUGCUCACGCGAAACCUUCAUAUGCAGAAUUUUUUUAAGGUUUAGUUUCGUGUGCGCAUGUAAAACUUUCUUUUUCACGUGCGCACGCAAAACUAAACGCAAAAGUUUCACUUGCGCACGUGAUAGUUUCAUGUGCGCACGCAAUUUUUUCUCCAUGUUCCCUUAGGGGCUCUGUUCGAUAGAGAGCCAAACGUUACAGAUUGUAGCUUUUAACAAAUUUUAUAAGCAAGCACCUUAUUUUUAAAAAAAAUAUUUAACUCUAAUUGUUAACAGUCUUUUGGUGAAAGAAUAAUUUGUGUAAAAUUGUCAGUACACAUCUAAUUACUUAUUAUUUAAUAUAAUUUAAUAAACAACGUAUAUAAAGUAUUUUAAAGCUCUCACUUCAGCUUGCUCUCUCACGCUCUUCUCUCUUCAUCUCUUGUCGAUAAUAAAGAAAGUCUGCAGUAUUCAACACCAACUUUUAUGUUUAUAUCACAAUGUUUGUAUUGUAAAUUCACUUGGUAUCUUUACAUUGUGUCUUAAGUCCAACUUUUACUUCUAUAAUGCCCCAUUACCCUCAGUAAUCUUCACAAUUUAAUUUUGUUUUAUUAAUUUCAAGUUUAUUCUGUGUGGUUUAAGCACCUCUUGUGCACUUUCUCUAUAAAAUAAGUAUUAUUCUGAUCACUUAUAAACACCUGAGGGUGAUUUCUUGCAAAAUUGUUGUGAAUGGACUGUUUGUCAACUUUAACUGUUAAGAGGCCAAUUAUUUGUCCCUUAUUAAUGUUUUGCUUGUUUGUUUUUUACUUUACUGUAUAUGUUCAUACAUCUCUGUGUGCCCUCUGGGUCUCUGACAUCUCAGGGAGCAUAUAAACAAACUGUAAGGGUUGGGGUCUUUGUUGUUUGAUCCUGAAUGUUUAGAGCAUGAUCCCUAUGCUACAACCUCAAAGUUGCCCUUAUAUCCUAUCCAGAAACACUGAGAAAAGUUUAAACAUUAAUAUAAAAAUUACUCUUUAUCACAUAUAUUUUAUUAUGUUAGAGAAGAACAUAAGCAACAUAAAACAGUGGUCCAUAACAUAUGUGCUGCAGAUAUCAAACAGAUAUGUGGAUAUACAGUACAGAUUAAAUAUAUUUGUAACAAUACUAAAUAAUACUUUACAUUAUACCUCUCAACACUGAUUUUCCCAGCAAUACUGUAUGAAAUAUAAACAAAAAUUCUUACUAGAGAUAUAAUAUUGUUUUUAUUGAAUGUUAGUGUUGCAAUAUCGGCAUUGUGCCAAGCCUAAAGGCCUCUUUAGUUCAAUAUCGGUGAAAGCUUGCUAGUAAAAGUGAGAGAGUUUUCAACUAUACUGUGUCCUUGUAUCAGUAGCUUGAUAUACUGACGAAUAUUUAGAGUUCAGCCUACAAACUGUGCCUACUAAUCAGCUGUGUUUCUAUUUUGCAUAUUUUUAAACGUUCUGCUUUCUGAUCUGCCAAAACAUCACCAAUAUUUUUUCAUCAUGUUUCUCAUACCAGAACACACACAUUUAAACUAUGCAUAAGAUUUUACCAUUUUAAAUCACAGCAGAAAAGACAGCGAUGUGCUCUCUGCAUCCCCAGCAGGUCUGGGAUCAGUUUGUUGAAGUCUGGUGUAAAUGGUUCACACAAAUGAAUGAGUGCAUAUUUAAACAUAUCAUAAUAUUAUGACUAUGAGCCAAUGCGUCAUAAGCUUUCACUAAUAAAUCCUGUGCUUCUAUAUUUAUUACUCGUUCAAUCUGAAGUGUCAGUUUUAGAGUUGUCUUUACGUCCCUAUACUAACGUCUUUGGCCAUACAACUGAUUGUAAAUAGAUAUAAAUACAGUAUAUUAUAAUUAUAUAUAUUAUAUAUAUGAUAUUAUGUUUAUAUUAUUAUUAUAUUGUUAUUCUCCAAUGUAACCCUAAUGCAGGUAUCAAAUUAUAUGAAAGUUAUAAUAAACAUAUGUAUUUAUCUGAAAUGAA